AUCCGGCCGCUGCUGCUGGGCCGGACCCCCCGGGCUCAGCCGGGCUCCUUGUGGAGCCGCCGCCGCGCCCCGUUUGCUGAAGAGGAGGCCCCGGGCCCGGACGCCUGGCGCGGGCAUAAAACGGGCCAGAGCCGGCGCCUAGGGCACUAAAGUGGAGUACGGCCCGGGUCAGCGCCCCUCCGCCCGCUCUCUCCCGCCCCGCCCGGCCGGGAGCCGACCAGGCGACUGUGAGACGAGCCCCUCGCCACUGCCCCCCUCCUGGCCCCGGCCCCCUCCUGCCGGCCCGCCUCCGGUCCGGCCCUACUCCCUCUCCUGCUCCCUCCUCCCGCCCGCCUCCCCAGCUGUCUGCUCCGCGUCAUGCCGAGCCUCCCGGCCCCGCCGGCCCCGCGGCUGCUCCUCGGGCUGCUGCUGCUCGGCUCGCGGCCGGCCAGUGGCACUGGCCCUGAGCCCCCAGCACUGCCCAUCCGUUCCGAGAAGGAGCCGCUGCCUGUCCGGGGAGCGGCAGAGCCCGGAGCAGGCAUUACGGCACGAGCAACCGGACAGCGGCCGCCAGCCAAGCCCGUCCCCGCAGGCUGCUCCUUCGGCGGGAAGGUCUAUGCCUUGGACGAGACGUGGCACCCGGACCUGGGGGAGCCUUUUGGGGUGAUGCGCUGCGUGCUGUGCGCCUGUGAAGCGCCUCAGUGGGCUCGCCGUGGGAGGGGUCCUGGCAGGGUCAGCUGCAAGAACAUCAAACCUCAGUGCCCCACCCUGGCCUGCAGGCAGCCGCGCCAGCUGCCAGGACACUGCUGCCAGACCUGCCCGCAGGAGCGCAGCAAUCUAGAUCCACAGCCCGCUGGCCUGGUCUUCGAGUAUCCAAGGGAUCCAGAGCAUCGCAGUUACAGUGAUCGAGGGGAACCCGGCGUUGGGGAGCGGACCCGUGCUGAUGGCCACACAGACUUUGUGGCGCUGCUGACAGGACCGAGGUCGCAGGCGGUAGCUCGUGCUCGAGUCUCUUUGCUGCGCUCAAGUUUACGCUUCUCUGUCUCCUACCAGCGGCUGGACCGUCCCAGCAGGGUUCGUUUCACAGAUCCCACAGGCAACAUCCUGUUUGAACACCCUGCAACCCCCACCCAGGAUGGCCUGAGGAGGGAACUGAGGCUCAGAAUAGCAGAAUGUGAUUUGUUCAAGGUCAUUUGGCUAGUCUGUGGGGUGUGGCGGGCAGUGCCUCGGCUGUCUGUGAGGCUCCUGAGGGCAGAGCAGCUUCGGGUAGCCCUUGUGACAUCCACUCACCCUUCAGGAGAAGUCUGGGGGCCUCUCAUUUGGCAGGGUGCUCUCGCUGCAGAGACCUUCAGUGCCAUCCUGACCCUGGAAGACCCACUGCAGCGGGGUGUGGGGGGCAUAGCCCUGCUCACCCUCAGUGACACAGAAGAUUCCUUGCAUUUUUUGCUGCUCUUCCGGGGUCUGCUGGGAGGACUAGCUCAGGCUCCCUUGAAGCUUCAGAUUCUCCACCAGGGACAGCUACUUCGGGAGCUCCAGGCCAACACCUCCGCUCAGGAGCCAGGUUUUGCUGAGGUGCUGCCCAGCCUUACAGACCAAGAGAUGGACUGGUUGGAGCUGGGGGAGCUGCAGAUGGUCCUAGAGAAGGCGGGUGGGCCAGAGCUACGCAUCAGUGGAUACAUCACCACCAGGCAGAGCUGUGAUGUCCUUCAAAGUGUCCUUUGUGGGGCUGAUGCCCUGAUCCCAGUCCAGACGGGUGCUGCUGGGUCAGCCAGCUUCAUAUUGCUAGGAAAUGGCUCCCUUAUCUAUCAGGUGCAAGUGGUAGGUACAGGUAGCGAGGUGGUGGCCAUGACACUGGAGACCAAGCCUCAGCGGAAGAACCAGCGCACUGUCCUGUGCCACAUGGCUGGACUCCAGCCGGGAGGACACAUGGCUGUGGGUAUGUGCUCUGGGCUGGGUGCCCGAGGGGCUCAUAUGCUGCUACAGAACGAGCUGUUCCUGAAUGUUGGUACCAAGGACUUCCCAGAUGGAGAGCUUCGGGGGCAUGUGACUGCCCUAUGCUACAGUGGGCACAGUGCCCGCUAUGACAGAUUGCCUGUGCCUCUGGCAGGGGCACUAGUGCUGCCCCCUGUGCGGAGUCAGGCAGCAGGGCACGCCUGGCUCUCCUUGGAUACACAUUGUCACUUACACUAUGAAGUUCUAUUGGCUGGGCUUGGUGGCUCAGAGCAAGGAACUGUCACUGCCCACCUCCUUGGGCCUCCUGGGAUGCCAGGGCCCCAGCGGCUGCUGAAGGGAUUCUAUGGCUCAGAGGCUCAGGGCGUGGUAAAAGAUCUGGAGCCUGUGCUGCUGCGGCACCUGGCACAGGGCACUGCCUCCCUGCUCAUCACCACCAAGAGUAGCCCCAGAGGAGAACUACGUGGGCAGGUGCACAUUGCCAGUCAGUGUGAGGCGGGAGGCCUGCGUCUGGCCUCAGAAGGAGUGCAGAUGCCCUUGGCUCCAAAUGGAGAGGCGGCUACGUCACCCAUGCUGCCUGCUGGCCCUGGCCCUGAAGCCCCAGUACCAGCCAAACAUGGCAGCCCUGGGAGACCCCGAGAUCCUAACACAUGUUUCUUCGAGGGGCAGCAGCGGCCCCACGGGGCUCGCUGGGCACCCAACUAUGACCCACUCUGCUCCCUCUGCAUCUGCCAGAGACGAACAGUGAUCUGUGACCCUGUAGUAUGCCCACCACCAAGCUGUCCCCACCCGGUGCAGGCACUGGACCAGUGCUGUCCCGUGUGUCCAGAGAAACAACGCAGUAGAGACCUCCCCAGCCUACCAAAUCUGGAGCCAGGAGAGGGCUGCUAUUUUGAUGGUGACCGGAGCUGGAGGGCAGCGGGUACCCGAUGGCACCCUGUUGUGCCCCCCUUUGGCCUAAUUAAGUGUGCUGUCUGCACCUGCAAGGGGGCCACGGGAGAGGUGCACUGUGAGAAGGUGCAGUGUCCUCGCCUGGCCUGUGCUCAGCCUGUCCGUGCCAACCCCACCGACUGCUGCAAACAGUGUCCAGUAGGGUCAGGGACUAAUGCCAAGCUGGGAGACCCCAUGCAGGCUGAUGGGCCUCGGGGGUGUCGCUUUGCUGGGCAGUGGUUCCCAGAGAAUCAGAGCUGGCACCCAUCAGUGCCCCCCUUUGGGGAGAUGAGCUGUAUUACCUGCAGAUGUGGGGCAGGGGUACCCCACUGUGAGCGGGACGAUUGUUCACCGCCGCUAUCCUGUGGCUCAGGGAAGGAGAGUCGAUGCUGUUCCCACUGCACAGCCCAAAGGUCAGCCUCUGAGACUAGAACCCUUCCAGAGCUGGAGAAAGAAGCGGAGCACUCCUAGGGAGCAUCCAGAAGGCCAUAUGACCAAGAGGAUGGGCCUGAGCUGGGAGAAGGAGUGGUGCUGAGGACCCCGACUCUCCUGUGGGAACCCAGUGCCUUUCGUGCCUCUGCUCUGCUUCUUCUCCUCCCCCACUACCUCUGGGAACCACAAGUCUACAAGGGGAAAGACUGCUGGGUCAGACCAAGGCCAUAUCCAUGCGAACUCCUGCCCUGUUUUCUUUUGGCCUCUGUCCCACAAGCUUAACUCUUUUCUUCUGUACAGAACACCACUGGCUUAUUGGGAUUCUUUAAUUUAUCCUCACUCAGCACCAAGGGUUCCCUCACACCAUUCCUGCUACCCCUGAGCUGAGCAGAGUCAUUAUUAGAGAUUUUUUUUUGUAUUUAUUAAAACAUCUUUUUUUCAGUC